GCGGAAACGUUGUUGGCCAACGAACCCGUCAGCAAACAACUCAAACGAUUCUCAGCCAUGAGACUCGCUUGUCGACAUCUACACACUAUUUGCACACCGAUACUGUUUUGUCCGCGAGUGCGUGCGCAGGCAGUUCAGCUCACCCAGUCCGAGACCGUCGUGCUGAACAAAGUCGCUGAGGCGUGCUAUCAGUGGUUUCAUGACUCCGUUUGCUUACCUAGUGCACACGCUAAACCCGACCAGCCGGCAAGCGAAACGCCGACUGCGAAAACCAGCGUCUCUUCAGUUGAUCAGCCACCAAGCGGAAAACUGCGUGAUCUGGUCACAAAUUCAUGGCUUCCCGGUGUCGGUGUUCAUCGAGCACAGAGUUGUAUAAUUGCUCCCACAUCAAACGAAAUAUCUCAAAUUUCUGUCUCUCAAUCUCGAGUCAGUAUGGCUGGUUUACAUUCUGCGUCACCGUGGCUCAGUUGGUCCCGCAAUCCGCUUUUCGGUGAAAUCACUGGAUCAGGAACCCGUACAGUAUUGGAUAACGCACAGAGUUCGUGGUUCCCAGGAAGUGGUGAAGCACCGGGGUUGGAUGUGAACACAUCGAACAGUUGGGAACGUCGUGUGUGCUCAACAUUUUUAGCUCACUAUGCGCAGUAUAUUCAGUCUGAAGUUGGCUUCCGCCCGGUUCGCAUUGGUUCAGGUACGAGCUCGCGAUUACCCGGGGGCAGUGAUGGCGGUCAUUACCAUGGGAUUGGACUAACCGGUCGGAACGCCACUUGUUCAUACGGCCUGCUCCAUCGAGCAAUUCAUCUGGCUGGCGUGCAUAUUAUGGAGGUUUUCAUUCGCAACUGUCACAUGUACGUGCGCCUGGGUACUAUCGAAUUAAGUCGCUUCAGUCGUCAUGCCUCACGGGCCCUCAUCACUGGUCCGCUGACUGCUGAAGUGAUUACGCAAGCCGCCGCUUCCGCCGCAGCCAGCGUGGCUUCUGUAAUGCGUGAUGCGGCCUCCGGUUUACCGGAUGCACAGAGUUCAAAUUAUCUGGUCACAUCUAUACAAGUCCCGUCCCAAACCAAACCCGCGUUCAAACCGUCGUUUGGAGGCCAUCAUUAUGCUAGCGGAUUUUCUUGGGACGAGUCCAGUCGGUUAUGCGACUAUACCCAUGUCAAUUCGUUUUCCUACGAUUGUUAUCUGCGAGUUGUACAGGAUUAUCUAUCGCACCAGCAANCCCGUCUUAUUAGUGCCGAUUGGAUUGGAGUACCGGACUAUCCGGUGACAGAUUUCCUAGCGGAUCUGUUCUAUCUGGUUCCCAAUCCCCCCGUAUUUUCGCGAGGCUGUUUAUCCUCGUUCCAACUGAGUUGCCCUGUGGGGGUGUGCUCGCGACCAGAGCAAGUGUUUCAUCAUUUGAUCGAGGAGCAUCCGAGCUACGCAAUCCAGAUUAUUCGGAUGAAUCGAACUGCACGUGGAUUCGAACCGGGCCUUGAACCUUCCAAUGUCGCUCCAUCGUAUAAAUUUGCCAUUCUGGUCCAGCAUCUGACUGAGUCCACCCAUACCACUUCCUGUCGGCCUUCGCUGACACGUCAGGCUAGUCACCCCGAAUCGAGAGAGCACAAACAGUCUUCCAUCACGCCGUUCACGUUACUUCCUUCCAAAUCUCUAAUGUCCCCCAAAAUUCAAUUUGAUUCAGUGAUGAGCGAAGAAUUGACGAAUUUGAGCGAAACGGAACGGCUAUAUUUUCCCAAUUUACCUCAUUCGGUAACUGCCUGUGUGGUUGUUGAUGAACGAACUGCGAGCACGGGAAACACCGUGGUCCCCAAUCCCGGAUCCAAACUCAAUUUGACAGUCUAUCUGAUGGUCACUGAUCCGCAUAAACAGUUCCCGAAGUCACGCCUAGCUAGUGUUCAAGACUGCUCUCGUCUUCGAUACCCGGUUGAAUGGCCUGGUGUAGCACCUUUUGUCAAACCUGAUGCCUUCUUCCAUGGACAAGCGGAUCAAGUGUCUACACGCAAUUACGCAGUCGAAGAUGCCGAUGCACUUGCAGCACUUAGUACGUCGUUUUCAGGGUUGUGCCGAAACCGCCACGUAUCAUUCACAAUGAAUACCUAUAAUUGGAACCAACAGGUGACACAUGGGACUCGCAGCGGUGGUGCUGGUGGUAAAAGUAAUAAUUCCGGUGUAUCCACCAUCACUGGUGAUCUACGCUGGCAUGUCACCUAUCUCGGCAUGUGGCCUUCCCAUCAUCUCCAUGUGCAACGUUCGAUCGAGGCAGCACGUGAGGUGAUUGAACAGCAGAUCACUAAUUUGGUUUCACGUUCUGGUCUGGAUUGCCAUAAAAACUUACUGUGGUAUCGAUUGUUUGAUAUGCAUCACUGCCUGGAUUCGAAUGCAGUCCAAUCACUUGCGUCCGUGGUCAUGGACAAUGGAGCUCCGCUCAAGAACGGCUCCCCAACUGAUAGUUCUUGUGCAUCAAGUGGACAUCAACCAUUGUCUGCAAAGGAAAUUGAGGCAAGUCUCCGGAACUGA